CUUGCGGCCCGCCUCCAUGUUGCCGCCCGCCCGCCCCUCCAGCCGCAUGCGCGGGCCGCCGGCCAUUACACGCGGAGCACGCGUGGGGCCGCCGCCAUGAAGUUCGCCUACAGGUUCUCCGGCCUGCUGGGCACCGUGUACCGCCGCGGCAACCUCAGCUUCACCCGCGAUGGCAGCGGCCUCGUCAGCCCCGUCGGGAACAGGAUCUCCCUCUUCGACCUGAAGAAUAAUAAAUGUGAAACGCUCCCAUUGGCUACACGGCACAACAUUGUGUGUGUGGGGCUUUCUCCAGAUGGAAGUCUCGCCAUACUGGUUGAUGAAGAGGGAGCUGCCUUGCUUGUCAGUUUGGUUGGUAAAUCUGUGAUACAUCACUUUCAUUUUCACAAGCCAGUGCAUAGUGUCUGCUUUUCGCCUGAUGGCAAGAAAUUUGUGAUUACAAAAGACAAUGUUGCUCUUAUGUACCAUGCUCCUGGGAAGAAACGAGAAUUUAAUGCAUUUGUUCUGGACAAAACGUAUUAUGGUCCAUAUGAUGAAACAACUUGUAUUGACUGGACUGAUGAUUCCAAAUGUUUUGCAGUGGGAAGCAAGGACAUGUCUACGUGGGUGUUUGGAGCAGAGCGAUGGGCAAACCUGAUCUAUUACUCACUCGGAGGGCAUAAGGAUGUAAUAGUAGCCUGCUUUUUUGAAGAGAACAGUCUAGAUCUGUACACGGUUAGCCAGGAUGGAGCUCUCUGCGUGUGGCAGUGUGAUACAGAGCUUGAUGGUUUGAAGCCCAUGCCUCCUAAAGAAGCUAGGAAAAAGAACAGAAUAAAGGAAGAUGAAGAGUUUCUUGAGGAAUCUAAGGGUGAAGAAAUUCAUGGAAAAGCCCAUCCAAAUGAACAGGAGAUUAGAGAGAAAGUUAAAUAUUCACGUAUUGCAAAGUAUUUUUUCAAUAAAGAGGGAGAUUUUAAUAACCUGACAUCUGCAGCUUAUCACAAGAAAACACACCUCUUGGUCACCGGUUUUGCUUCUGGAGUCUUUCACCUCCACGAGCUUCCAGAUUUCAAUCUAAUCCAUUCCUUGAGUAUUUCAGAUCAAAGGAUAGCUUCUAUUUCUAUCAACUGUACUGGUGACUGGAUUGCCUUUGGAUGUUCAGGUUUGGGUCAGCUCCUGGUGUGGGAAUGGCAAAGUGAGUCCUAUGUGCUGAAGCAGCAGGGCCAUUUCAACAGCAUGGUUUCGUUAGCAUAUUCUCCAGAUGGACAAUACAUAGUAACUGGAGGGGAGGAUGGAAAAGUGAAAGUGUGGAACACUUCGAGCAGUUUUUGUUUUGUCACUUUUACAGACCAUACGAGUGGCGUAACUGCUGUAACUUUUACUUCCAGUGGCUAUGUCAUUUUGAGUGCUUCCCUGGAUGGAACAGUGCGCGCCUUUGAUCUGCACAGAUACCGUAAUUUCCGUACCUUUACUUCUCCACGACCAAGUCAGUUCUCUUGUUUAGCCGUGGACUCCAGUGGUGAGAUUGUGUCAGCUGGUUCCCAGGAUUCCUUUGAAAUAUACAUCUGGUCAAUGCAGAGUGGGAGGUUGUUAGAUGUUUUAGCAGGUCAUGAGGGCCCCAUCAGCAGUUUGUCUUUUAACCCAGUGAAGUGUGUUCUAGCGAGCGCCUCUUGGGAUAAAACAGUCAAGUUAUGGGAUAUGUUGGACAGCUGGAGAACUAAGGAGACACUAAUGUUGAACUCAGACGUUCUUGUUGUUGCUUUCCGUCCUGAUGGCAAGGAGCUUGCAGUUGCUUCUCUGAAUGGACAGAUAACAUUUUGGGAUCACGAAAAUGCAGUGCAAGUUGGCUCAAUUGAGGGAAGACAUGAUCUCCAGAUGGGAAGGAAGGAGCUUGAUAAAAUAACUGCCAAACAAUCAGCCAAGGGGAAAUCUUUUACUACUCUGUGUUACUCAGCGGAUGGUCAGUCUAUUCUGGCAGGUGGAUUAUCAAAAUUUGUCUGCAUAUAUAAUGUGAAAGAACAGAUUCUUAUGAAAAAAUUUGAGAUCUCAUGCAACUUAUCUUUAGAUGCAAUGGAGGAAUACUUAGAUCGGAGAAAAAUGACUGAAUUCGGCAGCAUGGCUCUGAUUGAUGAAGGGGCUGGAGAUGAAGAUGGUGUUGCUAUUCCUCUUCCUGGAGUAAAAAGAGGUGACAUGAGUUAUCGACGCUUUAAACCAGAAAUAAGAGUGACUUGCCUGCGAUUCUCUCCUACAGGGCGAAGCUGGGCAGCCACCACCACAGAGGGUCUUCUUAUCUAUUCACUGGACUCUGGGCUGAUUUUUGAUCCUUUUGAGCUAGAUAUUGAUGUCACACCCAGCAAUAUACGCAAAACACUGCAUCAGAAGGAAUACGCCAUGGCUAUCAUCAUGGCCCUCAAGCUGAAUGAAAAGAAGUUAAUUCAAGAGGUUAUAGAGGCUGUGCCUAGUGAUGAAGUUGAGGUUGUCUGCUCAUCGCUCCCAGAUCUGUACGUGGAGAAGGUGUUGGAGUUCCUGGCCUCUGCCUUUGAGAUAUCUUGCCACUUAGAAUUCUAUCUUAUUUGGGCUCACAAGUUGCUCAUGCUGCAUGGACAGAAAUUAAAAACAAGGUCACAGAAGCUGCUCCCUGUGAUACAGUUCCUUCAGAAAAGUAUCCAGCGACAUUUUGAAGAUGUUUCCAAGCUCUGUGAAUGGAAUAUCUACAAUAUUAAAUAUGCACUGGCCAUUUCACAACAGCGAGGCAUGAAACGUCUGGCAGAAACAUCAGUAGAUGAAGAAGAGUCGGAGUCUGACAGUGAUUAUCUUAUGCAAGAAGUUCAUGAAGACAGUUUUAGUUCCUAGUGACUCUUCACGGGAGGGAGAAAACCUAAGACAAAGUGAAUUUACGCAGUGGUAUUCACUGAGACUGAGUGGCCCUCAUAGUGGCAUAAUUUAACUCUUUUUAAACAGUGUGAAUGGAGUUAUGUGUGAGUUACAGUAAUGGGGAAGAUUUAGGAUAAAAUGCCAUCCAUGGUAUACUUUGUGUAGCUUUUGGCCAUAACACCAAUGAUUUGCUUGACAGCAUCGAUUCAGUUUUUUAUUGUUCCUGAUUUCAGAUAACAAGAAAUGCUUCCUUUAUUUAAAACACAUUGUAUAUAGAUCAAAGAUCAUGCAUUAGUUGUAAUGAAGCCUUGUCAUACUUUGAGGUGGACUUUCUUAACCAUGUUUUUAUAUCAUUUUUAACUGGAAGGCUACAUAUUGCUCGCAACUUGUUUGAUUUUUUUUUUCAAAUUGGUUUUAAUACAUGCAUGUCAUGUUGUUGGACCACUGUGUUAGGAGUAAGCAUACCCAUUUUUCUUGUUUCUGUAACUUCCAAACCUGAUGCAGUUCCAACAAUAAGGAUAAAUGGUAUAUCCCUAACAAUGAUUAUGGGAACAAAGUUACUGUGCUGCACAACCUCUGCAGGGGUUUAAUUAAUAAUCUGUUAUACUAUGGUAAAAAUUUGGUUGGAAAUUGCCAACUCAGUGUAACUUAAACUAUAAGAGAAUGUUACAAAUGUUUCUCAUAAAAGCCCUUUCUGGUCUUUUUUUUUUUUUAAUAUAUAAAAGUUUAUUAACAUAAAAAUCUGAAACUUCAGUUUUCUUUGUCUGUGAAUUGGCACAGGAAUUGCUCAAUAAUGACGUUGAGGUUCUGAAGGCAAAGAACCAUAUCCAUGUUUGUGUUGGCUUUCAAGCCCUAUGCUGACAGGACUUUGUUAGUGAACACACUGCACGAGAAAGAUGUGGACCUGUUAGAGCAAGUCCAGAGGUGGGCUACAAAGAUGAUCAGAGGGCUGGAGCACCUCUCCUGUGAAGAAAGGCUGAGAGCUGGGGCUGUUCAGCCCGGAGCAGAGAAGGCUUCAGGGAGACCUCAUUGUGACCUUUCAGUACCUAAAGGGGUCUUACAAAAAAGGUGGAGAAGGCCUCUUCAUGGGGUAGAUAAUAAUAGGACAAAGGGGAAUGACCUUAAACUAAAAGAGGAUAGAUUUAAACCAGAUGUUAGGUGGAAAGUCUUCAUUAUAAGGGUAGUGAGGCACUGGAACAGGUUGCCAAGAGAAGUGGAUGCCCCAUCCCUGGAGGUAUUCAAGGCCGGGCUGGAUGGGGCCUUGGCCAACCUGAUCUGGUGGGUGGCAUCCCUGGCUAUGGCAGGGGGGUUGGAAUUAGAUGAUCUUUAAAGUCCCUUCCAGACCAAGCUGUUCUAUGAUACUGCAAAUAAUGAGACAGAAUUGUUUUACUUUCUUCAGUGUAUUCUGUUCUGGAUUUGUUAUUUUCAUGAUCAUUGCAAUAUUUCGGUGUCUCGGCAUUGUGAAGGAGUUGCUGGGCUGGAGAGAUGCUUGUGAAACAUCUGUGGAACUGAGGUUCUCCACCUCACUGCCUCCUUUCCUCCACCAUAAUAGAUAGUAAGCUUUAUGGAAGGGAGGCAUAGGUGGGUUGGGAAGAAGCCACGCAGGAAGAAGACAAAAAUACGUCUUUGCAUCCUUGUAAAUCUCUGAAGUGCUUAAGCUGACAUGGAGAACACGAUCAUGUUACCUGACACGUAACAGUUCUUACUCUGUAUUACAAAGCACAGAAUUUGUGUUUGUCUCCAGACAAAUUCUAUGACGCACAUGACAAAAUAAAAUUUUCCAGUUUUCCAGUGUGUCCUU